AUGGAACGCCGCUCAGCCCACAAGUCCACCCCUCGCAGAAGAUACACCGUCGACGCCUUCGAAGGCAUCGCCGAACUCGAAGAUGCCCGCUCAAGUUCCGAGGAGCCUGGUCUCGAGGAUGUCGACAUGGAAGAGGACUCGGCUGAAGACUUCUCCGCCGCCGCUCAACCGCCUUCCCCAUCAUCCGCUUCUUCCUCGGCAUCCGACGGCGGCGAAGGCGUCUCAGAGGACGGCAAUGACAUGGCCAGCGAUGCCGGAGAUCGACUGCUCGCCGACGACAUUUCCAUCGCUGACAUUGACGACGAGCCGCGCCCAUUCCGCGAAUCCAAUAUCCCGGCCACUCCAUCCAAAGUCCACAGCAACAAAGGCGUACGCCGGCGCACCCGCAUGCCGCAGUAUGCCACUCCCUCUGGGCCUGUAACUCAUACUCGCGGAACCUCCUCCGUGCUGAACAAGGCCAGCCAUAGCAACGAAGGGAGGCGGCGGAUCUUCUACGGUGGGGAGAUGGAGGAUGCGAAGCCGGCGUAUGCGGCGAGGGAGAAGUGGGGGAUGGAUGAGAGGGUGCUGCCGAAAAGGAGCGCGAUGGGUAGGAGUGGCUAUGUUGAUGAGGCGGGGAUGGGGAGGAGGGAGAAGGAGGAAGCGGGGUUGUGGGAGGGGUGCGGGGGCCUUGAGGCGUGUUUUGCUGGGCAGAGGUGGGAGGAGACUGGGGAGAGCAAGGGAAGAGAGUACUUGCGAGGUGAGAAAGCGGCUUUUCUGAUGGGCCCUUUCAUGGCUCCGCAGCGAUACGAGCUCUCGGUCGGUGGGAGUAUGCCGCUGCGAGAAGCUUGGAAGGAGGAUGCGGCUCGAAUGCAGAAGAGGCCAACGAACUACAAAAAUGGCUUCAUGCUCAAUGCUGGAGGUCGGGUCAACUGUCUGGCGUGGGCACCUCAUCAGCAUGGCCAGUACCAGUAUCUUGCUGUCUCGGUGUUGUCGGAGAGACCAACAACUCAGCCAUCAGACGAAGAAUCAGAGGCGCCAGCAUUCUCUUCUCAGACGCGGGCGAAGAGCAGCAUUCAGAUCUGGGCAUUCGGACGGCAGGAGAGCGGGACUGUGGAUACAGCAGCUGGUUGUCAUUUGACGGCUGUGCUAUGCACGGACUGGGGCGACAUCAAAGAGCUGAAGUUUUGUCCGAGCCCGACCGCCAACCCUCCGUCCUCCAAUGACACCGUCGACUUGGGUCUUCUCGUGGGCAUCUGGUCAGACGGCUCCAUCCGCGUCCUCCGCCUGAACAACGUUCCAUUGACCUCCACCACAGCCUACCUCCACAUUACCAACGCUGCCUUCUCUUCCCGUCCACCGGACACCGUGUGCACCUGUUUGUCCUGGCUAAGCAGCACCCGGAUAGCCGCAGGCUGCGCGAACGGCUUCGUCGCCAUCUGGUCCCUCCCUCACGCCACACAGCCCACCGCUUCCUCCAACGCUCGCCCCGAGAUCUACACCUCAAUCGCAACCACCUACAUCCUCUCCGUCACAUCUUGCUACCCUUCCCGCCCCAAUUUCAUCCUCACAUACUCCAUGUCCGGUCAACUGCAUUUAACCGACCUUUCUCGGCCUCCAGGAUCCCCGGCCUCGAAUGCCCCAGGACUCCGCACCCGCAUAGUCUACUCCAGACUAGCAUGGCACGAUCACCUUCAGAUCGCCGUACAUGUCGAAGAUAACAACUUCGUGCGUGGGUCGCCGAUCCGAAGAGUCUUCACGUCGACUGCGUUGGCGAGAGUCAAAGGCACGGCGACGGCUUUGGCGGUGAGCGCGUGUCAUCCGUACAUGCUGGUGGGGUCGGCAAGCGGGGCGGUGAGCGCUGUGAAUGCGGUGACGGGGGUGUGGGAGUCGAACAGCUUUGGUUUGCAGUUGGUCUGGUUUGCGCACGAGUGGCGGCCGGCGAGGGGGGAUGAGGUUGAUAGUGUAGGCGGGAAUGGUGAGGUGAUGGAUGGCGUGGAGGGCGGUGCUGCAGCGAGUCGGGGAAGGGUCGGCUCGAAUGGACUCUCCAGGAUUGCCGAGGGGUUCAAAAUCGAUCGCGAUGUGAUAUCGAAAGAAGGGCGUGUUGAGCAAGAGACGAAUGCCGGUCCGUUACCCAUGACGGUGUUUGAGGAGAAGAGCGCGGUGUCGGCUCUUGCGUGGAAUCCCAAUAUCGAAGCUGGAGGGUGGGCGGCCGCCGGUAUGGGCGACGGGCUAUUGAGGAUAGAAGACCUCGCAACUUGA